AUGGUCCCCCUGUCCCAGAUAAGCAAGAGCAUUGAAUCAUUCACCCAUCUGUGUGCAUGCGAGAAGUCUCUAACUGCCUUCUCUGCGUCUUUACAGCACACCGCCGAUGCUAUAUUUGCACGCUGCAGCUCCAUGAAGGAGGCUAACGAUCUCGUCACAAAGGCCUUCAGCAGCGUCGCCGACCAAAAGAGCUCUAUACAAGAGCUGACUCAGAUGGCAAAUGAGUACUUAUUGCCACUGGAGAGCGAGUCGUCCCUUUUUGUCGAUCCAUUAAACAGUGUAAGCUUUCACACAGCAGCCCUCGAGCUCGUGAGACACAUAAUAAAACUGAACCUCAAGCAGCUGCUCUCAAAAAGUCUUGCACAGUAUCUAAACUCCAUAGUCAGCAGAGAGUACCUGUUGGCAUCGGACAUAUUUACCGACACUGCAGACUUGCGGAUAAUUAAGAUACACCAGCUCAUAACCAGAACUGUCGAUAGGUAUUAUGACGUGGAAGGGUUCAUGCUCAAGCACUUCACAGAGUAUCUUUAUCGGGUAAAGGCCCUUAUUCCUAAGCUUGCAACAACAGAUAGUGUGCUAUUCACCACUUCUCCGCCUUUCCCGUGGUCAUCCAAGAUGAAGACGCGUUCGUUUCAUAGCUACUCUAUGGUAUCUCUGACAUCUUGGCAGGGGUCUCCCGCAGCGGAUGUGCUCUCUUCUGUAGCGUCAGCACUGGCUAACCUUGAUCCUGAAAAAUUGUCCAAGCAAGCCAGGGAGAGCAUUCUUCCCUGGCUCAACACUGUGUGCAACUAUAUUGAGCAAGGUCUCACCGCCUGCUAUUCAACGGUCAUAGUGUUGUUGUAUCUCAAGCCAGUGAUACUGACAAAUAUUCUUUCUUUGAUGAACAAGUGUCACGGGGUUAUGCUCCCAUGUAUCUUUAAGUUGCAAUCUUUUUCAAGUGGUACUACACUUAAUAGUAGCAUUUGCAGAUCAAUUAAGCCCCUGAUCUCAUCAUUGUGUGCAGAAUCAGGGUCAUUGCAGAUCUGUGUCAACGGGAAUAGCCUGAGUAAUUACGCUGCAAAGCUUUCCACGCUUAGCAGCGCCUCUGCAUCUUCAGAGAAGAAUUUUCUCAACUCUAUCAUAGUAGGAUAUAGGGAGGUGUAUGAUCAAUUACUGCGAGAUUCACAUGUCUGCAAUCCUUGUUCCAAUAUGAAGGUUGACCACGAGAUUGACGACCCUUCUGAAGGCUUUGUCGCUGCUCUCGCAAUUGCUGAGUUUAAUCCACUUGAUCAUAAGCACGCUACAACCGAACUUGACGAUUAUAUCUCUCGUUAUCCUCCUAACAGUGUAGAUUUAUUGAUCGGUAAACGACCUAGUUCAGCGUUGAAGAAAAAUCCUUCUGUUGACAUUCCUAUGAAGAGCAUCAUGGACGCAGGAGUUAAAGACCUAGUUAUAAGGUGUCAGUCAUUAUAUUCCCUCUCUAAACCAUUUGUCGUGUACAUUUAUAGUGCUCUUGAAUUUUGUAGUGCAUAUGAGAAAGGAGACUCCUUAUGGAACAAGCUGUUGUCUGUCUCACCGGAUUUCUUCAACUUAACCAUGGAAGAGCAUAAGAGUUCUAUGCAUAUAGUUCUUCAAGAAUUUGCAGCACACCUUCGACAGGAGCUGACAGAUGCACUUGCAUGUGUACCUAUUGGUGAAAAACUGUGCAUUCUUCAACUAUGCCUCACUAAUUCAUGCGAUGGAAUUGCCGAGAUGGUCGCAGAGAGCAUCACAACAUACAUAUUCAACAUAACAAAGAGGAGGGAGAGCAUCCGGACCAUUGCUACUUCAUCUGACUCCACAUUUGCAUUUAUUACUGCGCUUCUGGCAUACUUGCAUAAAGCCUUAACGCUACUUCUUUCAUACGCGUCGACUCGGAUGCUGAAUCUUGUCUCCAAGCUAAUUAAAACUCUAGAGCAUGAAUAUGUUACAAUGGCGCACAAGAUACACCGGGGCUGCACUGAAGCCACUCACCUCUCACGACUAGCUAUUCUUACACACGCUAAGUAUCUCUAG